CCGGAGUGCGCGCCUCAGCGGUCACCUUGGGAAACUGGCGAACGAACACUCGCCUGCGCCUUGUGAUCGCCGUUCCUGCAUGCCUUAUUUACUACUUGUCCGGCACCCGGCGAAGACGACAACAACAGAAAAGAAACGCGAAUGAGGCGGAAAUUUCACGAGUCUCUCCCGCCUUUGCGACGUAACCACUCCGGCACCAUCUUAUAGUUACGACGAACAGCCCUGGCUAUCUCGCUGUAAAGAACCGUGCUACGGGCCAGCUAUCGCAGCCUCCGCUUGGAGAUGUUCCGGUGAUGGCGACGGAGGUGUUGAUAGCCCAUACGGGCCAGCGCCUGCAGGUGGACACGACGCAGUUCACCACGCUCGAUGAUCUCAAGGCUUGGAUCGCAAGGCAGGCGUCGAUCCCGCCGCAUCAGAUUGUUGCUUUGACUGCUCAGGGACGAGGUGUCAAGCUGCAAACCCUUCAUCAGGAAACGGAGAUCUACAUCUACGACCUCCGGAUAUCGCAACCCACACCCCCGGGCACCGCCUCGUCUCCCACCUCCGAACUGCCCCUCCCGAAGCGAUACGCCAUCCCGAACGCCCCCAACUACAUCGGCAAUAUCCGCGUCCUGUCAGAAUGGCAAGCCCUUUGCAAGGAGCGCCAGGCAUGGGCUCUCGGCAUUGUCGACGACUCAGCGCGUAUGGCGGCCGAGAUCCAGGAGCGAUACAGCGAGAUGGAUGUCAUCAUUAAAUGCCUCGAUGCGGCAGUGGCCAAUCUGGAGAUUAGUGUGAAGCAGAUCGAGCCCAAGUACGCGGAGCUGCGGAAGUGGGUGCAGCCCGCACUGGAUGAGUACGAGCAGCUCGCCGAGAACUGGGAGCACUACCUCACUAUUGCGCGCAACGUGCCCAUCGCUGCCUCCAUGGUGCGUUUCAUGACGUCGCGGGAUCUCAAGAAGAAGCAGGCGACGCUCGAAGACCUAAUCGAGCAGGACACGGCCAAGAAGUCAGGACGCUUUGCGCCGUCAUCGUUGAAGAAGUUCAGCACCAAAGCCGCCGAUCUGGACAAGGCUGCGGAUGGGAUGUACGGAGCGCUGCGGCAACUGAUCGGGGACUUCGACAACCUCGUGGGCCGAUCCGCUUUAACGCACAGCGGCGAGGCAGCGCAGUUGCUCCAGGACCUCGAAGCUGUGGCCAAAAAGAUCCAGACGGACUACCACGUCAUGAUGGAGUACUCUGACACCCAACCCAACGUCCUCCAGGCGUCGCGGACGGCCGAGAACCACACAUCGCGUUUGAUACCCACCUUGAAGAAACGCGCUGCGGAAAUGGACGAUAUGCUGAACUACGCCACGCAGGCGCGGAACGCCAUUGCCUCGGACUCCGUCGGCUUCAUGCGGAAUAUUACUGAGAUCACUACAUUGCACAGCAGCGUUAAGAAUCAAAUCAGCGUUCUAAACCAGGCCGAAGACGACAUGACGACAUUUGAUUAUCUGCGCCUAAUCCACCAGCUUCCAUACAUGUACGCCUCUUUCGUCUCCGAAGCAGUCCGUCGCCGUGAGUGGUCCGACAAGAUCAAGACAGAUUCGUCAACACUGGCCAACGAGAUGGCCUUAUUCCAAGAUGAGGAGUCAAAAAGGAGGAGGAAGUGGCAUAAGAUGGUUGGCAGCAUGUACGGCCGAGACAAGGUUGAGGCCAACAUCUUGGGUCUCGAGGUCAACCUGCUGGGCGAGGAAGAGACUUGGCCAAGCAUGACCAAGCGCGACCUCGAAGAGUUCUUGGAGCACCUUCAGAGACAACAGGCCGAAGUUGACAUCAUUGACGACGUGACGAAGCUUGUCAAUGAGCUGAGCAGCCCCACGAAGCAGCAGUCGAAGAGGCUGAAGGCCUUUAAGAAUGGCAGUGUCCACGAAGCUGCCCUUGGACGGAGCGGCUUGAUGAUCCGCGGUGACGAUGAUCUGCUUCGCAGUCUCCAGGAUGACAAAUCGAAGCUCGAGAACAAGCUGAAGACGGCUGAGAGCAGGGUACGGAGAUUGGAGGACUUGCUCCAUAGGCAAAGUGCGGCAUCUCGGCCUGGCAUCGGAGGCUUGUUCGGCCACGAAAGGAAUGAUUCGACAAACUCGAUAAAGUCGACGGCGCCCUCAGAGGAUCACCAUCGUGCGACGGGCCAUCCAGAGGCACUAUUGCAGAGGAUCCAACAGCUAGAAAAUGAGCUGAACAACCGUCGAUCACCCGACAACUCGGAGGCAUUGAACCUGAGGAUACAGCAACUCGAAAGCGAACUCAACAACCGGCCAGCUUCGCAGGGUUCUGAGAUCCAGUUGCAAAGGAUACAACAGCUCGAACGUGAACUCAAUGCGGAGAAGGAGAAGUGUGCAGCUUUCGAAAAGGAUCUCAGCGUCAGGGCUACCGCCCACGACGACGUCAAGGGCCGGAUGGAAGAGGCCAACUCUACCAAAAAGGAACUCCUCGAGAACAUGGAGGCCUUGCAGCGGGAGUUCGUCGAAGAGCGGAAGUCGCUCGAGAACGAGAUCAAGGGACUCAAGGCGCGUAUAGAAGACACCGAGGACGAGAUUGAGAACUUUGACGAGUCAAGAGAGAACGAAAAGGCCACGUACAUUGAGAGGAUGCACGAGCUGGAAGCCGAGGUCGAAAGGCUGCAGAAAGAGCAGAAGGACGAGGCCCUCAAGACCCAAGGCCAAGUCGAAUUCCUACGCAACGAGGCACGGCUUCAGAGAGAGCAGAACGAGUCGCUCGAUAAGCAGCUCCGAACGGCCAACGACGAGGCGAAGAAGCUGGCCAAGAUCUUGGGUUCAACCCAGGACACCGCUGAUACACAACUGAAGGCCCUUCGCGAUGUUCACGACCAGCUGUCUCCCAACGACGACAUCACAGAGGACCUUAACGAUCUCAUCGAUGCCCUUGUCUACCGGGCUACAGAUGUCGCGGCCAAGAUGAAGACCCUGGAGAGCGACAAAUCGAUACUCAAGGCCGACCUUGAGCAAGCCGAGGAGCACGCCAAGGUUUUGAAGACAGAGAUUUCUGAAACGAAGGACAACCUCGCGCUUGAGGAGGAUAGCUCUAGGCAACUGAGAGAGAACUUGGAUGUAGAGAAGGCCAAGGUGGCUGCUCUCGAACAAGAAGCAGCCGAGAGCCGGGAACAGCUGGAUCAACUUCGCGCCAAGAUUGCCGAUGGCGAGACUGGGUCGGAAAGCCUCAGGAAGAAGCUGGACGAAGGACAGGAGCGGAUCAGCUCCCUCACCGAGGAGCUCGCAUCCCGGCAAUCCCAAGUGGGUAGCCUUGAAGAGGAGCUUCGGCUUUGUAAGGAAAAGAUGGACAAGUCCCGAGCCAAGCUCACGGCCGUCUUUAGCCAUUUCGAGUCUAGGUCUGAGAAGACCAAGGACCUAACACAGCGUCUCUACUCCCAGAACGACCGACUCUGCAGGCUGCUGGAACGGCUGGGUUUCGCGGUCACGCGCCAAAACUCAACGAUGACGAUACAGAAGGUCCCACGGUCUGAGAGAGGCACCACGAGCCAGAUGCACAAUGCGAACGACUCAUCGGACCCCAGCCAAUCAAUGAUCCGUCGCUCUGGCAUGCUCAUUAGUCGUACCUUGGCCGAUAGCACCGACCUCGAGUUGCUGUACUGGAUGAACGGCACCGACACCGACACGGAGACGGACAAGUACGAAGCCUUCAUGACGCGUCUGGGCAGCUUCGACAUGGACUUGUUUGCCGAAACAGUAUACAGGCGUGUCAAGGAUGUCGAGCACCUCGCUCGAAAGCUCCAACGAGACGCGCGUGCGUACAGGGAGAAGGCGCAUACCCUGCAGCGAGACUCGCAUGAGAAGAUUGCCUUUAAGCACUUUAAGGAAGGGGACCUCGCUCUGUUCCUUCCGACGAGAAACCAGACAGCCGGGGCUUGGGCUGCGUUCAACGUGGGCUUCCCUCACUACUUCCUGCGCGAGACCGACGCGCAUCGUCUGCGGUCUCGUGAAUGGCUCGUUGCUCGCAUCACUCGGAUACAGGAGCGUGUCGUCGACCUCUCGAAGAGCCUGCACAAGCAACUGCCCGACAACGAUUCGGUCAACGGCGAGGAGGACGAUAACCCGUUCCAGCUUUCUGACGGCUUGCGAUGGUAUCUCAUCGACGCGCACGAAGACAAGCCGGGCGCUCCCGCCACGCCUGGACUGGGCAAGUCCACGAUUGCGGCGAACACUGUUGAGGCCAUGGCGGACAUGCACACGCAUGCGCAGGCGAACGGCAAGGACAAGCAACGGGCGAACCCGCACAGCAUUGAAGGUGUCAGCAAAGCGCUGAGCAAGAGUCUCGAGAGCCGUCGGAGCAGUUCCAACUCCAAGAAGGCCCUGCCCUUCGCCGUUGGCGGAGGUGCGGCGCUGCUCAAGGGUAACGCGUUGGGCAGCGAAACCAACUCGCUCCGUGCAGUCGCGCCGGAUACGCCAACGGAGACGAGCCCGCCCGGGGACCUUCUUGGAUCGUCGGCCAAUGGACACGAGCAUUCGGGGCAGGCUGGGCAGGCCUCGAGCCCGCUUGCGGAAGAGGGCCAUCCCGCGCAGGCGGGUGACGAGAGGCCCACCUCGCCCGAGGUACGAAGCACGAUCGAUUCCCUCAUCGGCCCCUGAAUCCCUCCUCUCCAUUGCUGUGAUCCUCCUCUUUGGGCGAACGAACCCCUAACUGAUUCCGGUCAGAAUGCUCGAUCGCCCACGAGGCUGCAGCGUCAGAGGAGCGAGGUCAGCGUCGAAAGCCCGACGAAGAGGAGCAUCGUGUGGGACUCGCUGUGGAGUGUUGACUUGAGCUUCGAGGGCGGUGGCGGUGGUGGUAGGGCGAAACGGAAGUGGGAAGGGCAGGAAAGGAGCUGAUGCCACCACCAAGAGGGGGCUGUGGUAGCAGGGAGUAGGAAUCUGCAUAUUGUAAGCGCAACCCACGGCUUUCAAAGCCCGUUGGGCAACGGUUGCUUGGAGUUUUUCUGUACUUGUCUUUGCUUUGGGUAUGUUGGCAUUAUCACCAAGCCCCCCGAACAAAGGCCCCACAAAGGUUUGAGCUUGUUUGGUGUUGCUGUAGUACAGUGUUAUUUUUGUUGUUUUUUUGAGCUAUAUGUAUGGGUGGAAUCCAUUGGGGAUUGUCCAGUUCAUCGCUGAGCCUGUGGCUGCGGUUUCAUUAGGUGCCAGUCAUAUGGAUCUGACUGUUGAUCGGGGGUUGAACCGGUACAGGGGGAGGGCUAGGGACAACAGAUGCAUGCCAUUCUUGGACACAGAGUUAUGGAGUAUUGGGCAACAUGGUUCUGUCAGAGGAACGGGAAAGCGCACAGAAUGGGGUUGUUUUACAUUUACCUACUCAUUGGGAUGGCUGACGAGAGCGACAUCUAGUUUUAGAAGAGACUGCGCUGUCUUAUCUGUCUUGGAAUGGAUGGCUUCAGAGAUGCUUUCCUGAAAUUGAACCAAAAGAGCACUGCUGACCAGAUCAUUGUUAACAUAUGUUCCACUGUAUCAUGUUAUUGAAUAUAGAAAGUUCUUUGCU